UGUGUGUGUGUGUGUGUGUGUACGUGUGUGUGGGUGUCUGAAGCGCAGCGGUGGAGGAAGAUGAUGGGCUCUGAAUGUGACCCUUGAGAUCCAGAACUCUCGUGUUCCAAUCCACAGAACCAAUGAGAAAUAGACAGACAGAGAGAGCGAGAGAUUGAGUGAGGGAGUGUGAGAGCCAAAGCGACAGAUAGGAUUUAUCCAGCACUGUCCUGCACAGGCCUGCUCUACACCUACUGGACCCAUCACUCUUUUCUUCCAAGCGAGGAAGAGGAACGUACACCCAAGUGCUGGCCAGGAGGUCAUCAGAAUAGAGGAACUAUUAACAGGCCGUGUCAAGGACAUUGAGAUAUCAAGACAUCAUGGAGUACACAUUUCGGGCUGUCACCCAGUCUCCUGGGAUUCUUAUUUGGCGAAUAGAGAAAAUGGAGUUGGUUCUGGUCCCAGAGAAAUCGCAUGGAAACUUCUUUGAGGGCGACUGCUACGUGCUCCUUUAUACUCGUAAAGUGGGCAGUGCUGUGUCCUAUGACAUCCACUACUGGAUCGGCUCCGAGUCCAGCCAAGAUGAGCAAGGGGCGGCCGCUGUCUACACCGUGCAGCUGGACGAGUUCCUGGGGUCCGGUCCGGUGCAGCAUCGGGAGGUCCAGAGCCAUGAAUCCGACAGCUUCCGAGGAUAUUUCAAACAGGGCAUCAUCUACAAGAAGGGUGGUGUAGCAUCAGGUAUGAGGCACACUGAGACAAACUCCUACGACGUCCAGAGACUCCUGCAUGUGAAGGGGAAGAGAAGGGUGACUGCUAUGGAGGUGGAGAUGACGUGGCAGAGCUUCAACUUGGGUGACGUCUUCCUGCUGGACACGGGCAAAGUCAUUAUCCAGUGGAACGGCCCAGAGAGCAACAGACAGGAGAGGCUGAAGGGCAUGCAGUUGGCCAAGGACAUCCGUGACCGAGAGAGGGGGGGUCGGGCAGAGAUCGGGGUGAUCGAGGGGGAUGCGGAGGGGGACAGCUCUCACCUAAUGGAGGUCCUGAAAAGCACUCUGGGAGAGCGGAACGCCAAGCUGUCCAGUGCAGUCCCCGAUGACACACCUGACCAGGAGCAGAAGGCCCAGCUCGCUCUCUACCAUGUCUCAGAUGCUGAUGGCGUGAUGAAGGUCACAGAGAUCGGGACACGGCCACUAGUGCAGGAUUUAUUAAAUCAUGAUGACUGCUAUUUCUUGGACCAGGGAGGAGUGAAGGUGUUUGUGUGGAAAGGGAAGAGAGCCAAUAAGGCAGAGAGGCAGGCCGCCAUGUCCAGAGCUGUGGAGUUUAUCAAGCUGAAGGGGUACUCCCACACCACCAACAUCGAGACGGUGAACGACGGGGCAGAGUCGGCCCUCUUCAAGCAGCUCUUUCCAAGCUGGAGGGUCAAAGACCAGACAGUUGGCCUUGGCAAGACCCACACCAUGGGGAGAGUUGCCACAGUGACCCAGGAGAAGUUUGAUGCCUCCAGGAUGCACGUUAUGCCAGAGGUGGCAGCCCAAGAGCGCAUGGUGGACGAUGGACAUGGAACAGUGGAGGUAUGGCGAAUAGAGAAUCUGGAGCUGGUCCCAGUGGAGCCGGAGUGGCAUGGCUACUUCUAUGGCGGAGACUGCUACCUCAUCCUGUACACCUACCAAGUUAACAACAAGAGGAACUACAUCCUGUACAUAUGGCAGGGCCGACAUGCUACCCAGGAUGAGUUGGCAGCCAGUGCCUUCCAGGCUGUGGACCUCGACCAGAAGUACAACGACGAGCCUGUCCAGGUGAGAGUGACCAUGGGCAAGGAGCCCCGGCACUUCAUGGCCAUGUUCAAGGGCAAGAUGGUCAUAUUUGAGGGUGGCACCUCUAGGAAGGGGGGCUCAGAUCCGGAGCCGCCAGUGCGACUGUUCCAGGUCAGCGGCUCUGACCAGUCCAACACCAAAGCCAUCGAGGUCCCUGCCCUGGCUGGCUGCCUCAACUCCAAUGAUGUUUUUCUGCUGAAGAGCCAGACUGGUGUUUACGUGUGGUGUGGAAAGGGCUCCAGUGGUGACGAGAGAGCCAUGGCCAAAGAGGUCAGUACGGUCAUCGGACAGGACACUGCUGCCGUGGAGAUCAUCGCCGAGGGACAGGAGCCCAUAGAGUUUUGGACGCUGCUGGGAGGCAAGACUCCAUAUGCAAAUGAUAAGAGACUACAGCAGACCUCGCUGGAUCAUCAACCACGCCUCUUUGAAUGCUCCAAUAAGACAGGCCGAUUUACUGUCUCCGAGGUUACGCAGUUCACUCAAGAUGACCUCAGUGAGGAUGACGUAAUGCUUUUAGACACAUGGGAUCAGGUGUUCCUGUGGGUGGGCAACCAGGCCAAUGAGGAGGAGCGUAAGGAGUCAGUGGUCACCUGCCAGGAGUACUUACGCACCCAUCCUGGCUCCCGCGAUCCUGACACCCCCAUCCUGCUGGUCAAGCAGGGCUUCGAGCCCCCCACCUUCACUGGCUGGUUCAUGGCCUGGGACCCCACCAUAUGGAGCGGAGGGAAAACAUAUGAGCAGUUGAAGAUGGAACUUGGGGAAGUUACAUCAUUGACCAGAGUUGUACCUGAACAAAAUGGCAGCACAGAAAACAUCACCUACCAGAGCUUCCCUGCUGAUGAUCUUAUCAACAAGCUAGCCGAAGAGCUACCUGAGGGAGUGGACCCUGCCCAGAAAGAGAAACACCUUUCAGACACAGACUUCAAGGCUAUAUUUGGAAUGGCUAAAGACCAGUUUGUCAAACUUCCACAGUGGAAGAAGAUCAGCUUGAAGAAGGGGAAAGGACUGUUCUAGUCAUAUGCACUGUAAUGGAACAUUGUCAAUUCAUCUUUUUUUGUGACAGCCAUGUUUAAUUAUUAAUGUGUUUGUAAUUCUAUGUCAUUUUGAUUAUUUUAAUCAAGAGAUUCAUUUUUCAUUAUGUAAAGCCAACAUUAUUGUAAUGAUAUUUCCCUCUUUCCUCUUCAUACCAACAUGCCAAUAACUAUAUGCAUGAAUGUUUUAACUGAAUGCAUAUGGAAAAUAUUCCCUUAUUAUUCUAUCAUCUUGUAUCAUGUUUGUUAGAUCACCUGCUUCAGAGAUAACUUUGCCCUAACAACAUACCAUACAUUAUGUUUCCUUACAUUAUGUUUUCUCAUAUGUUGUGACUGAGUUUUAGGAGUGAUAUAGUUGAAUUUGCCAUUUAAAUAAUGAUUUCCUUGUUAGCCUACUUUUGCCAAAUUCUGUUCAGGUUUUGUUGAUAGAAUCAUAUUAAUAUAAUUAAAUAAAACUGCAUCUGGAUUGAUAUAUGUAUUAUUUUACUGAAAUAUGAAUGCUGAGGAGGGUCCACUGAACGACCUGCACUUGAUCCCAUAACUCCAUUUCAAUUAUGGAAACAAUGAAUAUCAGAAAAGUGAUAACUUUAUAAUGUGCUACACACUGUGAAUUCACCUGCCCAUCAAAUGGAUAAUUCCACUUUACACAAAUAAAGUAUUUUAGAAUUAAAA